UCCUAAGUGCAGUCUAUGUGCACGCAACGUUUAUAAGACAGCGUCAGAGUUGGUACUGUUUCGACAUGGCCAUGAGACACGUUUUGUUCCUGGCUCUCCUGGUAUGCCUCGCGACGGCGAAGAAGAUGCCGCCGCAAUUCUUGAACACCUGGAACUCGGUCAUGGCUCCUAAUCGGGAGCAUUGCUCAAAGGGGUUGGACAUAGACACGGAAAAGGCGAAAAAUAUGUUUCCGAACGCCCAAUUUAUCGACGAACGGACUUACCACUGCUACGCUUCCUGCAUGUAUGUCGCAUUGAAGAUGCUGUCGCCCGAAGGUGAUCCUAGUCCGAAGGAUAUCUUGGCGAAUCUACCGUUCCUUACCGAAGCGCAGGUUCAGAAGUGUAUUUCUGAAACGGACGGCGAGAAGGAUAUUUGCACGAAAGCUUAUACAAUUACAAAUUGUUUUAUAGCCGACAUCGCUAUAGAUUGAUCGCUUGUUGAUGUUGACAAGUAAAUUACAAUAGCCUUGCAUCAAUCAGAUAAAUAAUACAUUAGCGGUAGGGGGUAUGAAUCAAUCAGGUAAAUGGUACAUUAGCGGCAAAGGAUAGGCAUCACGUUGAGAUUAUUUCUGUAACAAUAGAAUUUUAGAGUGUC